GUACCCAGAGUGUUUGUAGGAGGAAAGUGCAUAGGUGGAGGAACAGAAACAAGGCAACUCUACAAGGAAGGAAAAUUAGCAGAUUUGGUUCAGCAAAGUUGUGAAAAUAAAUGAUUUUAUUGUAUUACAGAGUUGAAGGUACAAUAUCCUUUUAAUAUAUUUAUUCUUGAAAAUCUCAUGAUUUUAUUUACCAGUAGAAGAUAUAACUUAAUUAAUUUUGUGUAAUAAUAUAAAGUAAUCCUUUUUGCCAUAUUGUAAGUAAAUACUUUUCUACCUACCUCAGUUGUUAGAUUUUGGAACAGAUAAUAAAGAACCUCUGUAUAAAUGUAUGAUGAAAAACAUUUGCUUAAGUAAAUAUAUGUGUUGUUAGGAUUGUGGAGUUUUACAAGGACUGAGGCAGUAAAUGAUUCUAUUUCUUUUAUUAACCCAGUACAAACUGUUUUUUAACAACUAUGAGCAUGUGACCAUCUGAUAUUUAAAACAAAAAAACCUU